GGAUAUUCUAGAAUAACACUAAUUAAGAACUACGUGUUACUUAUUAUGUAUUUUAUCACGUGUUAUAGAAAUUUUGAUUUCGUAAAUGUUACAAAGUCUAGUUUUUGUUGUUUGGUUAUAAAACAAUUUUUGAACGUUAAGUUUAAUGUAUUUUAGUUUUGUGUGUGUGUGAUUGCUGCUUGAAUCUACCUUCAUUGGGAGCAUAAAUAUUGAUUUUAAUUUUAAAGUAAGACACGUGUUCACGUGCCGUGUUCACGUGCAGAUACAGGGAUAAUUUAAUGCUUAUACUACACAUACUAAUUACAGUAUUACGGAAUGUGAUUUAAGACAAUAGUAUUUGCUAAAUAGCCUAAAAAGUUGAGUGACUAGUCUUCUGUGUAUAAUGCCGUUAGUACUUUGUCGAAAAAUAAACAACGUAUGUUGUUCUUGGUGCCUUUACUUAUUGUUUACAGCUGUUCUUGGCUUUCUGAUUCAAAUUCAACUUAAGUUAGUUAUACAGUUGACAGCAGACAACGGCAAAACGCACGUGUUUCAUUUCGACAGAAAUUUGGAUGACUCAUUUCGUGACGUCAUCAUAUCGUGAUAUAAUUAUGGUGGCUGUGAUCUGGUGGGCGAGGUGCUGGGUACCAGGCCUGACACAUUUUAUAUGUAUGAGCCGCUCAUUGCCAUGGCAGAGGCAUACUAUUUUAAAAACUCCACGACAAUGUGUACAACACUUCUUGACAAAUGUUAUAAAACGACGCUAACGGAAUCAGCUGUUAGAAGAAUGACACACAUGUUAUCAUGUAAUACUAAUAUCAUUGAGGACAAAUAUCACCAUAAAUGGGAUACAGGUGGAGAAUACUGGCUAAAAUAUCACGAGUGUUUAUUGGAUAAAGAUUACGAUAAAGAGUUUUGUGAUCGGUUCCUAAGCGACCGUUGUAAAGAAGCCAAGUUUAAAGUAAUCAAAACACCACGACUUUCCACACAGAUUCUCAAGACACUGUUACAGGGACACUCAAAUGUUACGAUUGUCCACGUGUUCAGAGAUCCAAGAGGCAUCUUGUUCCAAAUAAUGUCUGAGAAUAGCGAUCAGGCUCCAGUGUCUGCACUGAGGAAAUACGCUAACAGUUUAUGCUCAAGAAUGAGAGAUGAUCUAGAAGUGGGGUUCAAACUUGCUUCACUUUAUCCAAAGAGGUUUAAAUUGAUGUUGUUUGAAGAUUUUGAAUGGGACAUGGUGACAGUGUUCAAACCUUUGUUUCGAUUUGUGGGAUUUCCAUUAUACAGGAAAGAUAAAAGUUUUGUUGAGGCUAUCAGUCAGAAAAAAGCGCUCACAGAAUAUAUAAAAGAAACUGGAAACAAAACAAGACCUGAUUCGUCACAACAAGAAGUUCUCAAGAUGACAAACAUAAAUCCAUUUCAGUGGAGAAAACAAAUAGAUGUCAACAAUUUAAAAAUAAUUGACGAAUAUUGUGGAGAUUUGUAUAUUAAAUUAGGAUACAAUGUGUAUGCCAAUGUUGAAAACCUCAGAAAUUUAUCAGACUGGUCGAGUUACGGUGCAGACGGUGUUUAUCCCUUAUAAAAGAAAGAGUUAUUGAGUACGCUGUGAUAUCGACAGACUUUGUCUAUAUGCUAUUGUUAUCAACCUUACACAUACAUUUCAUUUCGACAAACGCAACUUUUUAUUUUAAAUUCAAAUUUAAGUAAUCAUAAUUGCAAAAGUUCAAUUUAAAGAAGUAUGUAGGUAACUGAUUUUAGUUGUCUAUUUAUAGGUUUUGCACGGAUCUUUCAUGUGUAACGAUAAUAUCUGGUUUAGUUUAAACAUAUUUAUUUUAGCUAGUUUUUAAAGGAAGUUGUUUAAAACUCUUGAAAUACUGUUAUUCCGCUUCAUAAAAUUUAUCAAUGCUGGUAUCGUUUAUGGAAACAUGGUAUGGUUGUGAUGGGCAGGCUUUGAGAUGUAAAAACAUUGACUACUAGUCACCGUCCCCCUUCUAGUUUAAAGUAUAAAUAUUGCAAUGCUGUAUGCAUUAUACACUGAUGUUAGUCAUUUCUAAAAACUUGUUAAACAUUGCUAUUAUAUUAUAUCCAUUUGAUGUAAAAGAGGGGGGACUGAUGUUUUAUAAAAUAUAGGACAGACUCUGAUAAUAGCAAUGUAUGGUGUUAAGAUAGGCAUAUAAUUAUAGUAAUUACUUUUCUCUAGAAUUACCAAUCUUUAGACCCCAGAUGUGGCUAAUGAUAAUAACUUCUUUAUCAAUAGUAUUCAUGCUAUACUGAUUGUGCACUUGUGAAAAAAAGAAACGAAACAAACUUUUACCUAUUGAUAAAGGUAUAGAUAUUUUACACUAUGACCAAACUGUAUUUCACGCUGUUUAAGUAAAGAGAAUAAGAAAUUUAAAUGCAAUUAUAAGUAAUUAUUUUACAUGGCCUAAAAUCAAUAUCUAAAACUCCAAUACAAACACUUGAAAAAAAAAUGUAAUUAAUUGUAAUUAAUUACUAGUACAUUACUAUUUACCGCAGGUCCGAAAGUCACAUUGCUUUUAUGUGAAAUAUAAAAACUAUUCUUAUACAAAAAACGUACUUGGGAAUAAUAAAUACGAAUUUCUACAAGUUUGCCUAAAGAAGAUGUAUAUUAAAGCAUUGUUCAUAUGAAAUAAUGAAAUAUGGCAGGAUAUUAAACUGAUGUUAAAUGGUUUCUUUCCGACAAAUAUUGUUAGACAGAUUCAGUCCUUAAUCAAUAAAAGUUUCAGCCAGUAUUUGACAACUGUGAGACUUGUUUUGAAUAAAACAGGAUUCUCAUGGAUAUAGAAUACUUGUUAAGAUAUUUUACUAAAUCCUAGUUUGACACACUCAUUGCAAAAAGAAUAGUUGUUCAUUUUA